CCAUCCAUCCAUCCAUCCACCUAUGCAGGCAUGCAUCCAUCCAUCCACCCACCCACCCUUCCACCUAUGAAUCCAUCCAUCCAUCCAUCCAUCCAUCCACCUAUCCAUCCAUCCACCUAUGCAUCCAUCCAUCCAUCCAUCCACCCACCCACCCAUCCACCUAUGCAUCCAUCUAUCCAUCCAUCCAUCUAUGUAUCCAUCCAUCCACCUAUGCAUCCAUCUAUCCAUCCACCCACCCAUCCACCUAUGCAUCUAUCCAUCCAUCCAUCCUUCCACCCACCCACCCACCCAUCCACAUAUGCAUCCAUCCAUCCAUCCAUUUACCUAUGCAUCCAUCCACCCAUCCAUCCAUCGAUCCAUCGAUCCAUCCAUCCAUCCACCCACCCACCCACCUAUCCAUCCAUCCAUCCUUCCACCCACCCACCCACCUAUCGAUCCAUCCGUCCAUCCAUCGAUCCAUCCAUCCAUCCACCCAUUCGUCCAUCCAUCCAUCCACCUGUGCAUCCAACCGUCCAUCCACCCACCUACCCAUCCACCUAUGCAUUCAUCCAUCCAACCGUCCAUCCAUCCAUCCAUCCAUCCAUCCAUCCGUCCACCCAUCCAUCACUCCAUCCACCCACCCACCCAUCCACCUAUGCAUCCAUCCAUACAUCCAUCUAUCUAUCCAUCCAUCCACCCCUCCAUUCACCUAUCCAUCCAUCCAUC